AUGGCAGAACUAGCCUUGGCCUAUCGGGUAAGAAGCUAUAGCACCGGCACCCCGGGUCGCGCCAUCUGCAACGCGCGCAGUCACCACUUUGUGGCCGACGGUUCCGGCGGCGAGGAGGUGGGCGCCGGCGAACUCUUCCUUUCCGGCAUAACCGCAUGCGCCGUAAACAUGGUGGAACGCAUUGCCGGUUCCGAGGAAAUUCCAGUUAACUGGAUGGAUGUUAGCGUGGAAGCCUACCGCGACCCCGACCGGGCCCCAAUAGCGGACGAGGGCACCGUUUCCGUUUACGACGACAUCAAAGUCCACUUCCAGAUUUGGGGGGUUGACGAUGAUCAGGGCCAAUACCUGGUGGACCAGUGGAAGCGGCGUUGA